CAAUAGCCCUCUCUCUCAUUCUCUCUGUCUGCCUCUCCAGUGGUUUAGCAGCUGUGUUGUCAGGAACGAGCCCCGUGCGCGCGCAGCAGAGAAUGACGCACAGCUGUACUUCUGUAAAGAUUGAUGGAUAAUGAUGGAUUUAUGAAUUUAUGAAUGUGGACUGUGCGGAUGGACGGAUGGUCAUUCGUGCACGAGGCAGAGACUUGCUGAAGUCGGCGAACAGACACGCGCUCAGACAGAUACGGGAACAUCAAAAGUCGUAUCCGAAUCCGUAAAGAAUACGAUACAGAACACGAUUCUGGAGUUUUUUUUUAGUUUUAUUUUACGCUUUUUUAUGUUUUUGCGGAAUCUAUAAAGUAUUUGCACAGGUUAAUUUACGUUUCUGCCUUGCAUUUUUUUCACAAACGCAUACGCGUUCUUAUUCUCGCUGUGCGUAAAACCACGCGCCACGCGUUUCCACGCUUCGUGCAAAGCGAACUGUUGUUUGUUGCAAACCAAACAUCCAAACAUCACAGCAGCAGACGCGCUCGUGCAGCGCCGGUGACGUCUCCGAGCGCGUGUUGUGAGCGGGAGAUGUGGCGCGCGGCGCAGCUGCAGCGUCUCGGUGCUGCUGCUGCUGGUCUGCGCGCGACACGGGGCGACUCUGAUGACAGCGGAGCGGCGCCGCAGGCUCGAGCUCCCAGGCUGCACGCUUGCGCUAAAUGCACGCGCGCCUCACUGCAUGCCGGUGGCACGCGGGGCCGUGCCACUUCCCCCUGUCCCAUGGCGCGGAGGACGCAGUGAGCAUGGUGGAGGCGACCGACGGAGCUCUGAGGAACGCAUCAGCUGGAGACGGGCGCAACCAGAGCCAGCCGUUCCCCUGGGUGGUCACACUGCUGUCCAGCGUGCUCAUCACCACCAUCGUCGUAGACGUCCUGGGCAACCUGUUGGUCAUCGUGUCGGUGUUCAGAAACAGGAAACUCAGGAAAGCAGGAAAUGCCUUUGUGGUGAGUUUGGCUGUAGCAGAUCUAGUUGUGGCCAUCUACCCUUAUCCGCUGGUCUUGACCGCUAUCUUCCACGACGGCUGGAUCGCAGGGAACAUCCACUGCCAAAUCAGCGGCUUCCUGAUGGGUCUCAGCGUCAUCGGCUCCAUUUUCAACAUCACGGGCAUCGCCAUCAACCGCUACUGUUACAUCUGCCACAGCCUUAAGUAUGACAAGCUCUUCUCCAGCAAGAACACUGCGUGCUACGUGGUCCUGGUCUGGUCGCUGACCAUCCUGGCCAUCGUGCCCAACUGGUUCGUGGAGUCUCUGCAGUAUGACCCUCGGGUCUACUCGUGCACCUUCGCCCAGUCGGUCAGCUCACUUUACACCAUCUUGGUGGUGGUGGUGCACUUCAUCCUGCCCAUCAGCAUCGUCACGUACUGCUACCUGCGCAUCUGGAUCCUUGUGAUUCAGGUGCGCAGGCGGGUCAAGCCCGACACCAGGCCCAAGAUCAAGCCACACGACUUCCGCAACUUUUUGACCAUGUUUGUGGUGUUCGUGCUGUUCGCCGUGUGCUGGGCACCGCUGAACUUCAUCGGCCUUGCCGUGGCCGUCCACCCCAGACUGGGCCAGGCCAUACCAGAAUGGCUCUUCACAGCCAGCUACUUUAUGGCUUAUUUUAACAGCUGCCUGAAUGCAGUUAUCUAUGGCGUACUCAACCACAAUUUUCGAAAGGAGUACAAAAGGAUUGUGCUUGCUGUUUUCAAGUUCCAUUGUUAAGGAUUUUUUUUGUUUCGUUUUUUUUUUUCAAAGAGGAGACGAGCACUGUGACUUAACUAGCACACAAAAACUGCUGUUCAAACAGACAGGCAAUGACUGAAAAAAAGAAAGAAAAAAAAUGGUGCAACUAUUGACAGCAGUGUUUGUGCUGGGUUUGCCCAUGUCAAAUAACCCAUUUUGCUGUUCGCUUUUUGUUACGGAUGAAAUGGACACAUACAGUCGUGUGUUUGAGUGUGUCGUUUGUAUAUGCUUCUGUUUGCACUGAGUGAUUAAUGUACGAUUCAAACACAUCUGUUGCAGUUUGUUAAGACAACCAUCUAAAUGUGCAAGAGAUCCCACCUAAAUGAAGAGAAGGUGGACAGAAAUAGGGCUGGUAUCCUUAAAAAUGUAAGGAUUUGAAACCAACAAGGAGGGAAAUACUGCAAUACUAUACUAAAGUAUGUUUUAAAAAUUUGUAGUUGGAAAACUGGGUAUUUGCACUUUUACUCAAUUACAUUUACAAGAGAACAUGCAAGAAAAAGUGAGUGAAGCUUUGGAUUUCUGCAUUGAUUACUAAUAAAAUAUGGUCUGAUUAUUAUCAAAUUCACAAUGAUAGACAACAACAUGUACAUACGACUAAACCACUACCACACAAAAAAUGCUGUUCAUUUGUUUUAUUGAAAUGAUUGAGUAAACAUCCACAUUGCAGGAUAGAAAAAGAAAGUGAAUCUCUGUAUCAAUGUAUAGUUCUCUCUAAAAGAUAAUUGAUAAAAGGUGGUAAAGAGUAAAAAGGUUGGAUUGGAA